AUGAUAACUUUGUUUAUCAUAAGGAAAUUAUGGACCAUUGGAAAGAUCGGUAUAAAGAUUCUAACGAUAAAAAUUAACAAUCUCCUCCGAGAAGAUGUCUCUUUCGACCCUAAUCUCUUCUCUAAGCUUAAGUCAAUUAAGCACGAUGAGGUAUACAAGCUUUCCAAGCUUAACCUCUGGUCUAGGCGUUUCUUUGACCAAGCUUGUGGUAACACCACUGCUCAGUCUACAGAUGACGCUACCCUUGAAAUCUCUUUGUUCAAUCCGGCUCAAAUCCAACGAUUGACAGCCAAACAUCCUCGUUUGAGAUACAUUCACAUUGGUCUCAUUCAGAUUGAACUCACGGCGCUUUUUCGUCAAGGCAUAGACACUCCUGUUGUCAUUGCUAUCUUUGACAAAAGAUUCCUUGCCGACCCAAUUAAUGCCUUAAUUGGUGGAAUUGAGUCAAACCUCAUUCACGGUUCAGUUUGGUUCAAACUGCGACCCAAUUUCUUUCUCUCUGUCCAUGAUCCAAAUCUUUGUGAUUCUGUGGUUCUUAAAAUUAAGACCCAAUGGACUGGCAUGAAAGCAGACAGCCACAACCUUGCUGUUAGCUGA